UCCUGACGUCAUCGAAUGGGUUCUUCCGCUGCCGGUAGAGUGAACGUGAAGUGCCAAGAAGGAGCGAAGAAAAAGCAGAAGUGGCAAUAACGUCGAAACAAUUACAGAUAGGCUUUAUAUGACAGAGAGCUACGGCUGAGAAACAUAAGUCAUUGUGUCCAGAAACUGUGAAAGCCAAUCAAAUCAAGCAGGUGACCGACAAUGGCUGUGAACGUGUACUCCACCUCAGUGACCAGUGACAACUUAAGUCGUCAUGACAUGUUGGUGUGGAUCAAUGAGUCUCUACAGAUGAACCUCACCAAGAUAGAAAUGUUGUGUACAGGUGCUGCCUACUGCCAGUUCAUGGACAUGCUGUUUCCCUCCUGUGUGCCUCUGAAGAAAGUAAAAUUCGGUGCCAAGCUGGAGCAUGAAUACAUCCACAACUUCAAGCUUCUGCAGGUUUCCUUCAAAAAGAUGGGAGUCGACAAAAUCAUUCCAGUAGACAAACUGGUGAAGGGGAAGUUCCAGGACAACUUUGAGUUUGUCCAGUGGUUUAAGAAGUUCUUCGAUGCCAACUACGAUGGGAAGGAGUACGACCCCGUGGAGGCGAGACAGGGCCAGGACGCCAUGCCCACACCCAACUCUGCCAUGUCAGCUCUCAACAAACCCCCUAAAAAGGCCUUCAGUCAAGCUCCUCAGAGGCCACCUGUUGCUAAGGUAGCACCCAAGGUGGCUAACGUCAGCGCGAGGAAGCCCGGGAUGGGCGGAGGCGAUGAGGAGAGGGUGGAGCUCAUGAAUGAGGUGGAGAUGCUGAAAUCUACCAUUCAGGACAUGGAGAAGGAGAGAGACUUUUAUUUUGGAAAGCUGCGGAACAUUGAGCUGAUCUGCCAGGAGAAGGAGGGAGAGGGCGACCCCACACUGCAGAGGAUCAUCGACAUCCUCUACGCCACAGACGAGGGUUUCGUUAUACCGGAUGCCGAGGAGCAGGAGGAGUUUUAAUAUUUCAAGACUGCAAGCAACUUUUCACUUAGAUGCGCUGGUCUACAAACCCACCUCGAGAUCCUUCCUCAACACGGCCAGUUUGGUUUUAUAUCCAACACCAAACUCGAUCUCGACUUCUGACCCCCCCUUCCCUCCCCACUCGCCUCUCCUGGACCCAAAUCCAAACCUACCGGACUUCUUCUUCUUCUAGCCUUCAGCCGCCGUACAGCUCAGCUCCCUCUUUCUUCAGACAUCUUUCACCAAUAAUCAACAAAGCCUCGGUCACUGCCUCUUCUUCUUACACACCUGUCAGUCUGCGAGAAUCCUCCGACCCCACCCCGACCCCUCUAACCCAACCUUCCUGAAACCAGAUCAAGCAGUACAUAUCUGGUUUUUGUAAUGGACUUGAGUGUGAAAAGCACGGUGAUGUUCUCUGUGUGUGGAUGUUUGUGUAUACUUGAGUGUGUGUGUGUGUGUGUGGUUGGUUGUAUGUGUUUAAACAUCAAUUUGAAACAAAUCAAACAUGAAGAACCUCCUCUGAAGACCUGACGUCCAGCUGUCUGGUCACGUUGUCCCAAACUAACCCCAAUUGUUUUUUGUUUUUUUUGUGUGAUGGCACCGCCGCCAUUUUGUGCCUCUACUGUUGACACUGAAUUUUAAUUAUUUGGAGGAAGGUGCGUGUACAGAAGUGAUGAGAACAAAAAGAAGAAAAACACACAUUCCCAACUAGAAGAAUUAGUUUUGCAUCAUUUUCUAACUGAAUCUGAAGUCUUUUUUGUAUUUUUGACAGUUUUAGUCCUGCUAACUGUGGACUGUGCUUUUGAAAUAGUAAAAUUUAAUCAUCAGAUUUUCAGAAGUUUGCUGACAUCAUUUGCCAGUCAGAUGUAGCUGAUAUAAGGAAACAUGCAGCCUGUCGACUCGUCACGUCGAUGCUCAAGGGCUCAGGGUUUAGUCUGGGACAAGGCACCAGUCGGGUCUUCUCCAGUUGUCUCCACCGACGACACCAUCCUGAUUUUUGUCCUGUUCAGCUUCAGAAGAGCUUUUGUAAAUGUAUGCUACUGUUUUACCACAUGGUCCCCCACCCCUCCCCCCACACUCCAUCUCCUUUCUUUCUUUUUUUUUGUCAUGUUUUCAAACCAGUUUUUGGGCACCUGUCAGUCAUGCUCUCAACUUUAUACAUUUGUUUUCUGCCUAGGCUGAGUUUUCCUCACACUCACUGAAUGAUCACACAAGAUUCUACUUGUGAGUAGAAACUAGUUUUUCCACCCACGACGAAAGAGAAAAGGGGGUUUCAAAUGUCGCAAACAGCAGAUGAGACGUCUUGUUGCUUACAUUUCAGACUUCCUAAAUGUGCACUUCCUAAUUCCAGGACAAAGUAGCUCACUCUUCGAGUCAGUGCGAGAUGUGGUCAACAUGCCAGGUUUUAGGAAAAAGUGCACCAAAAAAAAAAAAGAAAGACUUGUUAGUCGGCAGUGAUUGUUUUGUACGUUUCUUUUUGGAGCGUCUGUUUCCAGGCACAUGCAGUUUUAUACCAGUGGCCCUUAAUCAGCCCCCAGCCAAUAAAAAAUGAUUCCUGAAGGGAGGCGGGACAUCCAGACCAGCCUCGUCACAAACACUGUGAGCUGAUCGGUGCGUUCACUUCAUGUAGCCGAGCACAGAAAAGUCGACCGUGAAUCCUCUGCUCUGAUUACUGAUGUUAGGUGGAUUCAGUUGUUUCCAAAGUUGAUUUAAAAAAAAAAAACCAUAUGUGUGAUCGAGUCGACGCAGGACAGGUGUCUCUCUGCUCCUACCUCCACACCCCAAUCGACCAAUCUUAAUACUAAUAUUGUGUAUUGUGGAUCUAAUUUAAGACCAGUUUCUCCACUGUACUCUGUAAAGAUGUCACUGACACAUUUGUACCUAAUUUGAAACGACACCCUCAUGUUGAUUCAUCCCUGUAACUCGUGAUUUGUUAUUGGAAAACACUUGAUCAAUGGCCUUAUUCAUAAAAAUACUUUUUUCUUAAGAAAACAUUUUUCAUAACUUUUUUUUGGUUUGUUUUACCUUAAUGUAAGUCUCUGCUGUCUGGGGGCGAAUGUUUGUACUGUUAGUCAUAUUUUUUAUGUGUUCUGAAAAUAAACAACAUUGGAGGUAUUCUGGACAGAAGCUGGGAUGUGUCGCGGUGCAGCAGACCACCUGUCUUCCAUCAAACGCUCACCAAGCAAACAAAAACAUAUUUAUGGUGUUUCACGUUCAGUUCAAUUCAAGGAUAUCUGGUGAAAACGUGUCUUCUCUUUUCUUUUCUUCUUUCUGCAAUCUUAUGAUGUAAAUUAAAGGUGAAUUGGCUUCGGGGCUGCCGAGUUGAGCAUCUUCCUGUUUGGACGAACGGAUCAGCUGAUGGACCAGCUCUCCGUCGCUGACUCGGUUAUUUAGCAUUUAAGCGUCGUAGUUCCAUAAUCUGGUGUUUGGCAGAGCUCACACGCCUUUAACCAACACUGCCGUGAGUAGAUGUUGCACAAAAUCAGAGGGUGCCUGGGUAUUAAUUUUUCUACUUCUAGUAAAAACGUCUUCAAAAAAUAUGUCUCUACUUUGACGUUUUAGCAUUUCUAAAUCUAACUUUAUUUCUGGAAUGUAUGCUUCUUUUUUUUUACUCCAGAGUUUCUUGUUUCAAAGCACAGUUAACUUCAUGUGGUGUUGUAACAGUGCAGAAACUUAUUUUGUUGUUUUGUCUCCGUGCUCCUCCAGCACACUGGAUUUCAAAUGAAACUCUUGAUAUGUGUCGGGAGUUCUGACUGACUUUCAGCUUUAAUUUGAGAGUUUUCUCAUCUUGGUUUGGCGUAAAACUGUCAGACUCGUAGCCGUUUUAUUAACAAUGCAGCAGAGAAACUAUCAUACAGACAAUUAAACCAGUGAGUGUUGUAAGUUAGUCACCUCUUCAGUCAUGUGUUAAACUGCUUAAGGCAGAAAAAACAAGCUGAAUGUGAAGUAAUGAUCUGAUGGAGCAUUAUCUCUGUCUGCUGAUGUCUCACAAGUGUUUUCCUGCAUAUAGAACUUUUAUUUAGGUUUAUUUCGUGGCCUAAAACUGAGACACUGUUUUAUAACCUCACAUCAAAUUAAAGCUGCAAGUCAGAACUUUAAUCUCAGAAUAAUUCUUCAAUUUCAUAUCUAAUCUGUUGAAGUUCAGAUGCAGCAGAACACAAAUUGUGACUGAAAUAGAUGUGCAAGGUUUCACAAAAUGAUUCUUACUGUCAGGAUGAUCUUUGUACAUUUUCUUUGCCCGACCUAAAACUUAGGAUUGUUGAUCCGAGAAAACCGUUUGAACUGAAGUGUUGCAGUGAGCAGAGCUUCUCAGCAGGGCUGCAGCUAAUUAUUCUGCUCAAUAUUGUCUCAGUUAAAAGUGUUUCAUCUAAAAAUGUCAGAAAAAAGGUUAAAGAAUGAUGUUUUUUUCUAAUGACUCAGAAGUUGACAGUUUUUGUCUGACCAACAGCCUAAAAACAAAAGAUGAAUCAAUUCAUUGUCGACUCUUAAAUUAAUCGCUAGCCGUUUUUUUUUAAUUUUCCUCUGGAAAAAUUAAGGUCAAACUUUGGAUUCAAGCUUCUUAAAUGUGAAUAUUUUCUGUUUUCUCUCUUCGUCUGUGACAGAAAACUGAAUGUCUUUACAUUGAGGACGUCGACCUGAAUUACAUUUUUUUGUUCCAAACAAAAAAAAACAUCAAAUCUAUUAAUAUAAAAAGGUUAUGGUUAGAAAUUCAGUUUGUGUUGAUAGAAAACAGGAAAAAAAAAAACAGCAUAUUGUGACAUUUUAGAAACUGGAAGCUGUUUGACUCAAACGAUUAAUCAUCAUUUUAUUUUAGGUGUUCUUCCCAAAAUAUGUUCACUGAAAGAAACAAGAACAGCAGGUUAGUUGAACAUCUGAUGCUAUUUGACCUGAACGCUGCUGUUAAUUUCCACAUUUCACAUCCGCUCUGCGUAAUAAUGAACCAGUUCUUUAAAGGUAUCCUGGGAGUAAGAAAGUUUAUUUUAAUUCUUUAGCUGAGUUAACAGUGAGACAAAUCGUAGCACACUGAGGACGGACGCUCUACAAACUCUCUCUGUUUACUGUGAGCCUUCUCAGCGCAGGAAAACUUGAACACUGUAGACAGAAGAGCAAAUUCUCUGUUUUCUAGCAGUUUCUGACAAUGUGUGUGUCGUCGAGCCUUAGUGAAGAAGUGCUUUUUUUUCGUUAUGCAAUGUCAAAGGGGAGCGGAUGUCCCCCUUUACAUAGUGGCCUCUGUACUGAACCCAGUGCCAAUGUAACCUCCUCCCUCCACCAACAGUCUGUUACUGUAAUUACUUCCUGUCAAGUGUGAUUUGCAGCAUGAUGAGAUCUUUUUCCUUCAUUAUGUUUGGAGCGUUUCCGACAGUCGCCUGGUUUUGUCUCCAGUUGUGCGUCGGCUCCUGUUUGGUUUCAUGGUAGUAGUGAAAUGUGUUCUUGUAAGUGUUUCUGAGAAGGACUGUGUGCGGCGGUGGAGAUUAAACUCUGCUGCAAGACUUUUAAAGGAACACUUCAGCCAAAAAGCAAAAUUGAGUCAGUAUCUCCUCACCUCAGUGCUGAUGGAAAUUCAGGUGAAGUGUCGUUGUCAACCAAACAUUUCUGGAGCUUCACAGUAAAACAGAGUUGCAGCAUUCUGCUAAACAACUGAAGCAGCUGGAGACUUGAUUUAAAAUGGAAAAACUACCAAAAGUAAAACAGAAAAAGGAUCCGAACAGUGUUAUCAAAGUUUUCCAGAAGCCCCAAGAUCCCAGUAUUGGGACCUCAAGCAGACGUGGAUUGUUGUGUUGAGCAGGCGCAACUACGAAAAAUGGAUCAUUUAACAGAACAGAAAAAAAAAAUAAAAUACAAAGUCAGAAAAAUCCACGUCUCCUCGGGAUCUGAAAUUAAUUUGAAAUUGAUUAACAACUUUAAAAUGUGGUCGAACUCGCUCAACCACUUCAGAUGAGGGUGGACGCUAACACUUUAGCCUAGCGGCUACAGUGAAGUUUUUGGUUUGAAGAAAGAACUCUGGGCUUCUCGAUUCGUCAGACGAGCUGCAUGGAAACAUUUUAUCAGGUGAUCAAACUCCAGAAAUGUUUUUGGACAACGAAACUUCACCUGACUUUCUGUCAGCAUGAAGGGAGGAGAGGAAGACUGAGUGUUCAUCUUUGGUUGAACUGUUCCUUUAUGUUUUCAGUCACACACACACACACACACACACCUGAAGGACUUCAUGGUUGCUCUGGGAGUCUGUAGCUGUUAUCUCUCAGUAAUCAGGGCUGAUUUUAAAAGAAGAACAUCCCGGAGCGUCAUGCAGGCGUGUGUGUGUGUGUGUGUGUUUACUGAAACUGUCUGUGCAGUGAACUAACGGCUUUAAAGGUAACGUGGUGCUCGUCUGACCUCUGACCUUUUCCCUUCUCAACGAUCAGUGCCGAUCAGUGCCGAUCAGCGUGAACACUGUGGGCCACCUGAGUCUCCCUCCUCUCUGUUUCUGCUGGACUUUGAUGUGUUUGUUAAACUCCACUUUCUUCAAUCAAGUUUGGUACAGAUAAUAAAACAGUAUUUCCACGUCA